CUUGCUCCUCAGUUAGGGGCAAUGCAGACAGCAGUCGACAUCCAUCAAGAAACGUUCACCAGGAUGAAGAAGAAGCUGAUCCUUGAUGUGGACACAGGGGUGGAUGAUGCUCAGAGCAUCAUGGUGGCCCUCGCGGACCCCGAUGUGGAGAUUCUGGGGAUCACCUGCUGUUUUGGCAACACGCCCCUGGAGAACGUCCUCAAGAACACACUGCGUGUCCUGAGCGUCUGCAAAAGGCUGGAUAUCCCAGUGUACCCUGGCUGUGCGGAGCCCCUGCUGGCCCGUAAGCGCCACGCUUCAGAUUACCAUGGGAAGGACGGGCUGGGCGACGUCCCGGAUCCGGACGCUCCAGGCCUGGAGCUGCUGCAGAAGAAGAAAGCCGUGCAGGCCAUGAUCGAGAUGGUGAAGCAGAACCCUGGGGAGGUGAGUCUGGUUGCUACGGCGCCACUCACUAACCUGGCCGUCGCAGUACAACUGGACCCUUCCUUUCCCAAGAAGCUGAAGGCCCUCUACAUCAUGGGAGGAAACACUGAGUCCAGAGGCAACACCACAGUGUGUGGAGAGUUUAACUUUGUGGCCGACCCUGAGGCCGCACACAUCGUGUUGGACCGCUACACCUGUCCCACCUACAUCGCCUCCUGGGAGUUCAGCUGCAAGAACAGCCUGCCGUGGUCUUUCUGUGAGCGCUGGCUGUCCCAAAAAACCGAGAAGGCUGCCUUCAUGAAAAAGAUCACGAGCCUCUCUAUGAAGAGAGCUCAAUCAGAGGACUAUCAAAAGGAGAUCACAGCAGGAAAAGGGUUCAAUUCCUGCGACACCUACGCCAUGGCUGCCGCCAUCGAUGACACGUUCAUCAAAGAGAGCGAUGAGGUCGCAGUGACGGUGGAGCUGGAGGGGACCCAUACCCGUGGCAUGAUGGUGCUGGAUUACAUGGAGCUGCUGGGGAAGAAGCACAAGGCUUUUGUCAUGAAGAAAGUUGACUUGGAGAAAUUCAAGCAAAUGUUCAUGAAUUCACUGAAGUAGAAUGAU